UUUAGAUAUUCAAGAUACCCCCUUUCAUAGAGCUAGCCCAAUUGCAGGCUUCGCUUAAUCAAACGAAUUCAAACUAUUCCAUAGUACUAGCACUCCGUCUUCUAAAACGAAUUCCUAUUCAUCAUACUUUGACCAAUCCUGUCAUUACUCACCAAAGCCGUUCAUCUCUUCCCAUUCGAAUAACUACCUACAUAUGCCUAACUCCAUGACAGAUGUGACCCAAACCGCGGAUAAUAAUAUCUCAAAUCGCCUCCUUCUCACGCCAGGUCUACCUCUCCCCUCCCUCACAGUCUCUCCUUUUCUCUUUCUGCAUCGCGAGGCUAGAAGAGGGGCAGCUGGCAAGAUGACAAGACAUAGAAUGGUAAUGUGGGAGGCUUGCGUUAUUCCUCCAUUUCGAUGUAUUUUUAAAAAAAAAAAAAAAAAAAAAGAAAAGUUGAAAACCAAUGUCAAGAAAAGAACUCCUGUUGCUCUGGCUGGCCUGUUGACUGAUUAUUCCCAAAUGAGACGCCGUUGUUUAUGAUUGAAUUGCUAUGGUUUGUUUAAAUCGAUAAUUGGCGACAAACUUUGUC